CGGGCACAACUAUGAUGAAAAUUUAGCUGCAACUAUUCAAUCGACCGCAUUUUCCGAUCGGCCAGAGUGAAAAUACGCGAGGAAACGCUAAAAACUCGACUCCGUAUCGGUUUUUCCAAGUUUUGUGGUUGUUUUUCCGGUAAAAGAAGUGUCGGUAUACGCAAAACGAGCACGAGUUUGUGCGAAUCGAUUUGAAAUCGAGAAAAAUAAAUGUGGAGUAGUUGUUUUUCGGAAAAAAUCGUCAUGGGGAGAUAACAAAGAGAAAAUCUAAGGGGAGAUGUCGCAAAAUGAUAGGAUACAACAAUUACAAUCAGGGCUACAAUAAGUUGUUUACUCAGGGCUCAGCUGAUUCGAAUUACUCACAGCCGUCGUCGGACCUGUCAUUGGACGAGGAGAAAGAAAACCUACGCAGGGAGAAGGAGAGGGCAGCACUCAGUCAGCUGGAGAAAGCAAGGACGAAAUCGGUAGCAUUCGCCGUGAGGACCAACGUAGCGUACGACGGUAGUCUGGACGACGAUUCACCAGUUCACGGUUACGCUAUUUCCUUCGAAGUUAGAGAUUUUUUACACAUAAAGGAGAAGUACGACAACAACUGGUGGAUAGGGCGUCUAGUGAAGGAGGGCUGCGACAUCGGCUUCAUCCCCUCACCUGUCAAACUAGAGAAUUUGCGCCAGCAGCAGCAGAGUCGCGCGCCCAAGCUCUACUCGAGCAAGACGAGCUCGAGCUCGAACAUAGGCGGCGCCGCAGCGGGUAACGAAGCUUCGAGAGGUAGCACUCCUCCCACGCCCGGCGAUGAGUCUGACUCGAUGGGCAACCCCAGAGGCAAGUCCCUUACCACCCCGCCAGCCAAGGAGAAGAAGAAGCCCUUUUUCAAGAAGCAGGAGACGACGGCACCGUACGACGUGGUACCAUCCAUGCGGCCGGUCGUACUCGUAGGGCCGUCCCUCAAAGGCUACGAGGUCACCGACAUGAUGCAGAAGGCGCUGUUCGAUUUCCUCAAGCACCGUUUUGAAGGAAGGAUCAUUAUAACCAGGGUAAUGGCUGACAUCUCGUUGGCCAAGCGAUCGUUGCUGAACAACCCUUCGAAAAGGGCCAUCAUGGAACGGUCGAACGCUCGCGCAUCGUGCCUUUCCGAGGUGCAGGCCGAGAUCGAAAGGAUAUUCGAAUUGGCCACAACGAUGCAGCUGGUCGUGCUGGACUGUGAUACGAUCAAUCAUCCCUCCCAGCUAGCCAAGACGUCGCUGGCUCCCUGCGUAGUUUAUCUAAAAAUUAGUAGUCCAAAGGUGUUACAAAGAUUAAUAAAAUCGAGAGGGAAGAGCCAAGCUCGGCACCUGAACGUUCAAAUGGUGGCGGCCGAGAAACUAGCUCAAUGUCCCACCGAAAUGUUCGACGUCGUUUUGGACGAGAACCAAUUAGAAGAAGCCUGUGAACAUAUAGCAGAAUAUUUAGAAGCUUAUUGGAGAGCUACUCACCCAGAUGUUCCAAAUGUACAAAGACCUAUUGGUUCCUCACCCCAAGCAUCUCCCAGCGGAGAUCAAGGAAGACCGACGCUACCAGCACACCACGACCUUUACGGUUACCCGCAUCCGGAGUCUAGAGCGGUGACCACCUUCCACACGGCCCACCACCGCACAGCGACUCGUGCGCACCACGUCGCGCCGCGCCACGAUCAGCGCGACUACGACGACUACUCGGAAAAGGAUCACCUGUCCGCCUCUGCGCAUCACCACCUGCCCGCGGCGGCCGACGAUUACCGAGAUCGACCGAGCGACAGGCUGCGCGGACGCGACGACAUGGAGUACGGGGGCGUGGCGGCGGCCGUGGCGUCGGCGCACAAGAGCGCCUCCCGCAAGGCGCUCAACGCCAUCUAGUGGAGGCUCUCUACGGAACAGCCCAUUGCAGAGGAGCUCCAGGACGAACUAUCGCCGGUCGGCGCCAACAAACAUCCAGGCGCAGCCUCAUUGAUCGGCGCAGGCGCCGUCUACUACAAGCCUCAAAUACCUCGAGCUUACAGGGACGAGCGCGUUACGAUGAUGGGCUACAGCCAAGAGGAGGAGGAGGAGGGAAGGUACGGUAGUUCGACGGGCGCCACCAGGAAGCAGCAGCACGGCAACGUGAUGGCUCUGGAGCAGAGUAGGAACGAGGGCAGAAACUACAGGAAGGAGCUGCUGGAGAGGUUCGGCGCCAUGGAGCUGGAUGAUCGGGCAGAGUACCAAGGCUCUCAGAGGUACUACGACUGAACGGGUCGGGUUUUGAGGUGUAAGGAGAAUAAUUUUGGGCUUGGUACUAUAUGAAUUUCGAAUUAAUUUAAUCUAAUUUUCAUUGUUUCUAUCUAUAAAAAAUAUUUUUUAUAUUUCCUAACAUAACUUUUUAACUUUCGUUUUUAAAUUGAUUAGUCCAUAUAUUGUGGCGUCUUUCUAUUGUGAUGAGUGAAAAGUUUGUUUAGACCUAGUGGUUUUUAAAUUAUAAUAUUAAAAAAAUAGAAAAUAGUAAGAAAAAUUGUUUAACGGUCCAACCAUACUAAGGGCUGGCAAAAGUUAGUCUUGGGUCGAAGUUUCCGUAUGUAAGAAGAGUACAAUGCGUUUAUAAUGUACUGAACAAAGAUAGAACAGUAAAAACGUUGCCAAACGUAUGAAAUAAACCGAGAAACUGCACAUUGCUAAGAGACGUCGAAGGAGAUACAACAGGUGCGUCGCGGUGGACCGAUCGACCCAAGAGUACGAUCGGUACUUAAAACUCUAAGAAAACAUGAUGUACACGGGUUCAGCUUCACGAUAUAAUUACGUCUUGUGAUACUUUAUUUGUUGUUUUUGUUGUGUUAUUUAUUAACGAGUCGCUGUAAUUUUCUCUAUAGCUUGUAAAUUUUUAAGUGUAUUUUUGGUAAAAAUAUGUGGAAUUGAGUUGGUG